AUGAAUUCCUCCAUUUUAAGGCACACCGCGCGAGGUGCCCUCAAUGCAUCCAGAGCUACCUCCAGCAACAUCACCAAACGCUGUGCGUCGUCGUCUGCGGCCAGGUUUGACUGGCAAGAUCCGCUAAAUGCGGCGAACCUUUAUACUGCUGAUGAAUUGGCCAUUGCGGAAACGGCUCGACAAUACUGUCAGGAGCGUUUGAUGCCAAGGGUACUAGAGGCGUACCGAAAGGAAGAUUAUGACAAGACGAUGCUUCAAGAGAUGGGAGAGCUGGGAUUACUGGGAGCUACAAUUGACGGAUAUGGCUGCGCUGGCGUGAGCACCGUCGCCUCGGGACUAAUCACGAAGGAGGUGGAGCGCGUAGAUUCCGGCUUCAGAUCGGGCAUGUCUGUGCAGAGCUCCCUAGCCAUGACCGGUAUCCAUGAGUUUGGUACAAAAGAGCAGAAGGAGAAAUAUCUCCCCGAGCUUGCAAAGGGGAAAUUGAUUGGCUGCUUCGGUCUCACUGAGCCCAACCAUGGCUCUGACCCUGGAUCAAUGGAGACUGUUGCCAGGCCGCAUCCCACCAAGAAAGGUUACCUCUCUCUGACGGGUGCUAAGACGUGGAUCACCAACUCGCCCAUAUCCGACCUCUUCCUUGUAUGGGCCAAACUAGAAGCCACCGGCAAAAUCAAGGGCUUCAUCAUCCAGCGCGACCAAUGCCCGACGGGCACGCUUGAAACCCCUACAAUCAAAAACAAAACCGCCCUCCGCGCCUCGAUCACAGGCAUGAUCCAACUUGACAACUGUCCCGUUCCUGAAGAAAACAUGCUCCCUGAUGUCGAAGGCCUCGUGGGCCCCUUUACAUGUCUCAACAGUGCUAGACUGGGAAUUGCGUUUGGCACGAUGGGUGCGUUGGAAGACUGCAUCGACCGGGCGCGGACCUAUUCCUUGGAGCGCAAGCAGUUCAAGGGCAAUCCGCUCGCCAAGUACCAGCUUAUCCAGAAGAAGCUUGCCGAUGCUGCUACGGAUGCGGCAUAUGGCACCUUGGCCGCUGUCCAGGUGGCGAGACUGAAAGAUGAGGGCAAAUGCACGCCGGAGAUGAUUUCGAUGAUCAAGAGGCAGAACUGCGACCGAGCGCUUGUGGGUGCGAGAACGCUUCAAGAAGUGUUCGGCGGGAAUGCCGCGAGUGACGAAUACCACAUUGGCCGCCAUGUCGCGAAUCUCUUCGUGGCCCAGACGUACGAAGGACAAAGCGACAUCCACAGUUUGAUUCUCGGAAGGGCCAUCACUGGCGUCCAGGCCUUUUGUUAG